AAGAAAACAGGUUUCUUUCAUUUUUCUUAACCCAAAACAGCUGAACUUUUGAUCUAGUUCAUUUACAGACAAACAAUCGAUUGAGAGAGAAAGCUAGAUUACGAUCCAUGAAUGAUGAGAGUAGCAGCAAUCUGGAGAUGGGGAAAUCCGAGAGAUCUGUGUGGUUGAUGAAGUGUCCUCCUGCUGUUUCCAAGUCAUGGAAAUCUCACUCAGACGCCUCCGAUUCUCAGCCUGUAGCCAAGGUUAUCGUUUCCGUCGAUCCCCUCCGCUCCGAUGAUCCUUCUUCUCUCCAGUUCAUGAUGGAGAUGGCUGACAGUGGUGUCGGCAACCAGCCGAAGAAUUACUCUUUGAAUAUGUUCAAGGAUUUUGUUCCUAUGUCUGUCUUCUCAGAAACAACUCAAGGUAAAGUGGCCGUAGAGGGGAAGGUUGAACACAAGUUUGAUAUGAAACCUCAUAAUACUAACUUGGAAGAGUAUAGUAAAAUGUGCCGUGAGAGAACAAACAAAUCGAAUAUUAAAAAUAGACAAGUACAGGUGAUUGACAAUGACCGAGGAAUGCACAUGAGGCCCAUGCCUGGGAUGGUUGGUUUGAUUUCCUCCAGCUCUAAGGACAAGAAGAAACCAGUGCCUGUUAAGCCAUCAGAUGUGAAGAGAACCAGAAGGGAUCGUGGUGAACUGGAAGAUAUCAUGUUCAAGCUUUUCGAAAGACAACCUAAUUGGGCAUUAAAGCAGUUAGUCCAGGAAACAGAUCAACCUGCUCAAUUCUUGAAGGAGAUACUGAAUGAACUCUGUGUCUACAAUAAAAGAGGAUCUAACCAAGGAACAUAUGAGCUCAAGCCUGAGUAUAAGAAGUCUAUUGAGGAUGCAGGUGCUGAAUGACUUAAUCCUUCCUUCUCUGACUAUAUUAUACUCAAAAUUUGAAUCUAGAUAUGGGUCCAAUUGAAAACUUGCUUAUAAUUUUCGUAAUACAGACCUUAAUCCAUUUGGUAUCAAUGUGCUACACCCAAAAAUGUGAUCAUAAUCUAGAAAAUCAUUUGAAUAA